AUGCACGACGCCGCUCCAAAGAGCCGUGCUUUUCCCGUACCAGAGAACCUCACGUUUGACCUGAUAGGCCAGCCGUUUGUACAGUCGCUUUUAUCUCCGACCUCACACGCUCAACGGCCGCCAUUCUCAGAACCGCCACCGUCGGUUUUAGUACCGUUUAGCCACGAACCGCUGAUGUCAGCACCGUCCGUAGGCCGUUUCUCAGUGCGUGGCUCAGGGUCGCAAUUGGAGCGUCGCUUAGACGCCCAGUCUCUAUUACCGGCUGAGAAUAAUGGGCUGGAAUCGAGACCGUUUUCUCAAGGACCGCUCUUCGCGCCGUCGCCAACGGGACCGUCGUUAGGACGAUCCGUAGGCACCCAUGGUUUUCCUCCAAGGUACCGACUCGGGUCAUCCGAAGCCGUUGGGUCUGUAACUGCUAUAACGAUUUCGACUGCAGCAGCUGACGUGGCGUCUUCUGACGUGGUGGCGCCGUCCUGGCCAAUGGGCGUGCCCCGUACAAUGCUAUGGAGUAACCCGUCUCAGUUGGGACCAAUCACGGGGAUCGAACCGCAACCGCUUCAGCAAACUGCUACAGACGCGCGCGCAGAGGCUUCGCGGGACGCAGCGUUCCCGACGGGCGAACGGGGACAGGAGCCCGCGCACCCGUAUCUCAGCGCGUGGGCGCCUUUGGUUGAGCGGAGCGGAAGUCACGGGCGUGAGGGCAGCGGAAGCCGCGGACGGGAUAGUGGCGGAAGCCGCGGAAGCCCAGCAACUUCCCGACUGCUUCCGCUCUUCCCCCUUUCAUCUCCCGCCACGGGUUCCACGCCCCCCCUUCCCGCUUUCCCCGCAGCCCCCGCUGGCGCGGCGUCUGCAGCAGCGCCUGACGCGCUGAAAGCGCCGAUGGCGCUAGGGGGUAUCCCCCCGGGCUGGGAGGACUGGGCGGCGAUAGCCCUGAUGGCGGAAAUGGCUGGGGGGAUUGGCAGCGCGCCCGUAACACCCGCCUUUCCCGCGCAACCGCACCUUGUGUCGGGCUCGUCAGCGCGCAAAAGCGGAGCGGCGGCGGAUGAGUCCGCGCGGAACGCGCAGCGUCGGCGGGGUGGGCGGGCUGGUGGCGGAGAGCCCUACGACUUGUGGCAAGGCCCGGCGGUUCUUACAGGGGGAGGUGGUGGCAUGGGUGGAAGGGCGCUGAUGGAUGGGGAUGGGCAUGGGCGCGCGGGUGUUUGGGGGAGCGCCUGGGGAGGAGAAGGGGGAGGAGCGCCUGCGGGUGAAAGAGUAGCAGGCAGAAUUGCGGAAGCCGGGGGGAGGAGGGAGGCUAGUAGAGACCCAAGCACAGGGAAGAUUCCUACUCACCCAAGCAGGACGAGUGAUCACGUGCUAGGGUCGAAAAAACAGUCCAGCAGCAGUGCGUUUAGUCAAAGCAGCAGGAAGCGGCAGUUGGAGGAGCAGGGCGAGCAGGGGGCGGAGUUGCAGGGUCAAAAGUCGCCUGAGUCACGCGUGGAGCAUAGUAAAAGACCUGCGGGGACUCCGCCUGGGGUGACCCUUUCCGCGGGGACUCCUCCUGCGGGGACCCCUCUCCCAAGAACUCCGCCUGGGGGACUGGCGUGGCGGCUUGAGGUGCCUGUGUUGUGCGGGUGGCAGGCGUUUGGCGAGGAUGCAGAGGGAGAGGGAGAAGAACGCGGGUGCACAGGUGGGGCAGGAGACGUAGGUGGGGCAUGUGGAGGGGCAGAGGCGGGGGCAGGGGCGGGGACAGGGGCGGGGACAGGGGCGGGGGCAGGGGCAGGAAUGGGACCAGGGACGGGGAGGGGGAUGAUAGGAAGAGACACGGAGUCUGGGAGCGGGGGCCAGGCAGGUGGUUACAGGGAGAAGUUCUGUGUUGUGGAGAUGGAGGGAGGUUUGAGUGGGGAGAAAAAGAGCAGUGGUUGUGCGAACGUGGGGGAGGGUGAGAAAGGGGAGAGUGCGAAGGGGGAGAGUGUGAAGAGGGAGGCAGGAGGCGAGUGGGACGCGUUUGUGCUUGAGAUGACACGUGACGCCUCUCUCCCAAGAUUCGUUGCAUCUGGACAGAUCCUGAGUUCACAUGGUCCUGAUUUGCGAACCACCGUUGCUCUCGCUACUCCUCCAACUCCUUCCUCUCCUGCUCCCGCCCUGCCCACUACCACCACCACUACGAAACCCGACUUGCCUCGUCCUACCGACCCGACUCCUGCUAUCCAACCGGCACACAGCACCCAUCUGAACCGUUCUGUCAGCCGACCAGGCGGCUCGCAAGCAGGCUUAGCGCGGCAGCAGAGGAAGGCAGUUGGCGGGUCGUUUGGAGGGUGGGUCAGGGCUGUAAGCCAGGCAAGAUCGGUGGGUCAGCAACAGAGAGUUGGUCAGGCAAGGGAAGGGGACCAACCAAGGGUCGUAAAGCAGCAAAAAACUAUGGUGUUUGAAGCGCCUAUGCGCGACGCUGCUGGUACUGGUGCUGGAUUAGUCGCUGAGGGAAAUACCAAGAGGCUCAAACUUGCAGUGGCAGAAGCAGAGGAGGUACGGAGAAGAGCGCGUGAUGGUGACGGCAGUGGUGCUUCCGGCGCUCGCCUUGGCUUUGCUGCAAGUCCUGUUGGCUGUGAUGGCAGUGGUGCCACUGCUGGCAAUGCUGGCUGUGGUGGCAGUGCCGCUGCUGCAUGCCAUAUGACAGCUGCAAGUGCUGCGGCUGCUUCUGCUGCUGCUGGUAGUGCUGCUUCUGCUGCUGCUGCCGUUGCUCCAUCUGAGUGCCUUGCGAUUGCCCAUUCUGCAGCACUGCCUGCGUUUCUGCCUUGUUUGGUUGAGCCCAGUAACCACAUUGACACCAGAGGAUCCAGUCAGCCUAACGACGAGCCUAUGGAACCCGUGGCACCUGUUUCUCCUCUCUUUCCUGUCCCUCCUGCUCCUCCUGUUUCUCCUGUCCCUCCUGCUUCUCCUGUUUCUCCUGUCCCUCCUGCCCCUCCUGUUUCUCCUAUCCCUCCUAUCCCUUCAGUAUCUCCUGUCCCUCCUGUCCCUCCUUUUUCACCUGUUGCACCCGCUGCACCUUAUGCUGCCCCUUCUCCUGCCGCUCGUGUUGUGUCUGCUGACCAGCCUGGUGGUGCUUCAGGUGGAAUCGCAGGUGGUGCUUCCGGUGGAAUCACAGGCGGUGUUGCAGCUGGAUCGUCAGGUGGCAUUCGUGGUGGUGUUUCAGGCGUUUUGGGUGGCGGCAGCGGUUUAGGUGGCAGCGGCCUGGGUGGCAGUGGUUUGGGCGGCAGCGGUUUGGGCGGCAGUGGCCUGGGAGUGGUGACAGAGCAGGGCACGGACGAUCAGCAGAUAGAGCCUCCCCCUGCUGUUGCUGCUGCUGCUGCUGCUGCUGUGGAAGGGGCAGGGAACGGGGACGCUGAGGAGGGAAUGGGGGUGAGAAGUGGUGGAGGCGGGGGAAGGGAAACAGCAGCAGCCACACUGCAACCAGAGCAAGGCUUCCAUCCCUGUGGCCCUCUUGCUUGGCCAUCAGGUUCGGCACCAGCUUCGGUGCAUGACUGGGCAUGGCUGCUCGCAGCUAGGCAGCCGGCUCGGACGCCCGAGGCUCGGCAGCAGGCUCGGCAGCAGAGGGUUCAAGGUGGGGAGAUACGGGAGUGGGAGGUGAGGGAUGGAGAGGAAGUGGGGAAGGAAGGAGGGGCAGGUGUGGGGGAUGGAGGAGGAGAGGCAAAGGAGCAAGGAGGGGAAGGUGUGGGAGAAAGAGGAGAUGGGGUAGGAGAAAGAGGAGGAGAGGCGGGGCUGCCUGGUGUGAUAUUGGAGGCAGUGGAAGGGGCUCGCCUGUCCAGGAGAGACUUCCAGAGGUGGCAGGCGCAGGGCGAGCUGUCAGCACAAGCAACGGGGUGCUUUCUGCGGCUGCGGCUGGGCAGGAAGGGCGAGCAUAUGGGCGGCACGGGGUACUGCAUGGGACGAAUCACAGCUAUUGCCAGCAUGAGCAAGAAACCACCCACAGGAGGCACAGGAGCGGGAGAGGGGGAUGGUGCAGGGGCAGCCAAAGGAGGGCCAGCAGGGCCGGCAGCACUGGAUGUGGAGCUGUCGUCGUGUGUGGACUCUUCGCCGCUUGCGCUUGUGGUGGACCUGGGUGAUCGAGAGUACACUGUGGACGGCCAAUUCCUCUCCAAUAAGCCAUUUCUCGAGGUGGAGGUUUCUGAUUGGUGCGAGAAGAUGUGGAGGCGCGGAGGGAGUGCUCUCCUUGCCUCAGUGCUGUCACACGAGCUUCUACAGUCCAAAUUGAAUGAACGGAGGUCGUGGAAGUGA